AUGUGUAGACUUCCCAAAUCAAUAUACGAUUUAAAGCAGACCUCAAGGCAAUGGUUUUCCAAGUUCUCGAAUGCCCUUACUCUUUAUGGUUUUCACCAAUCAAAAUGUUAUUACUCUCAGCUUACAAAAAGGUCUGGCAACUCCCUUGUUGCUCUACUUGUCUACGUGGAUGACAUUGUCAUCACUGGAUGUGAUCAUCAGGCGAUUGAAUCGUUGAAGACAUUCUUGCAUACUCAAUUCAAAUUAAAGGACCCUGGACAGUUGAAAUAUUUUUUAGGAUUGGAGAUUACCAGAUCACAAAAAAGCAUCUUCUUGUCCCAGCACCAUUAUUCUUUUCAACUUCUUGAGGAUGCAGGUUUUCUAGCUUGUAAACCUGCAGCAUUACCUAUAGAUCCUAAAGUUUGUCUCAGCUUAUUUGAAGGAGAACUGCUUGCUGAUGCAUCACUACAUAGGCGACUGUUAAGAGCCUUUGCUGAUGCGGACGGGAGAUCUUGCCUUGAUUCAAGAAAGUUUGUUACUGGAUUCUGUGUAUUUCUUGGAUAUUCCUUGGUUUCAUGGAAAGCUAAGAAGCAAACCACAUUAUCUAGAUCUUCAGCUGAGGCAAAGUAUCGUGCAUUGGCAUCUACAGUUAGUGAACUGAAUUUUCCGAUUGUUUGA